GGCAGCUGAGUGAGUUGUGAGACGGAGCCACCAUGUGCUUGACUCGCAUAUGCAGUGUUUCAGUGAUGGGUGGAGAAAGGGCUGUUUACAGUCCAGUUGGUUCAGUGUGUUGAAGAGUGUGUUGUGCAUGUACAGCUGAGGGCAGAGGGCAUCUACACCACAGGAAGAUGGCAGCCCUUCAGUGAGAUGUUGGAAACAUCCCUAACUGACAGAAAUCAUUGUCUUAAUUUUCAUCCCACAAGACUGAGCUGGACCGUUAAAUGCCCUCUCAAUAUAAAGGGCUAAAAUGUUUGUGGUCUCCUUGCCAAGCUGUCUACAGAUCUGUGUGUCUCUGGUAAUGGUGUCCAGACUACAAGGCAGGGUUUCAGCUCCGAUGCGCGUGGAGGCCCCGGUUGAGCAGCCCUUCAUUCUGAGCUGCACGCUUGUCAAGGCCAGAGGAGAAUCGGUUCAUCAGAUCCGCUGGCUGGAUGUGCAGAACCAGACAUUAAUCACUUACCAGCCUGGUGAAAAAGACAGUGUGAGCGGACAGCAGCAUGUGGAGCUAGCUCCUUCACCACGAGAUGCCAGUGCCAUCAACAUCAAACGGGUCAGCUACAGGGAUGAGGGCUGCUACACUUGCAUCUUUGAUCUUUAUCCCAAAGGCUCAAGGGAAGGACAAACCUGCCUUACUGUCACAGCAUCGGUGAUCUCAGAGGGCAAUAAGACUGCAGUGGGUGGUAAACAAGCCUCUCUGGCCUGUCGGUACGGUCUGCCGGAGAAAGUCAAGCAGGUGCUAUGGAAGAAGAUUGUGAAUAAAGUAGAAUCCCGUGAAGUUGCAUCUUUUGCAAAGCAGAGUGACCCAGUAAUUGAAGAAGAGUUUGUGGACCGCGCGAGCCUGAGCCCUUCCCUGUCUGACACACAGCUCACGUUAUGGCCGGUCCGAGCUGAAGAUGAGGCCUGCUACACCUGUGAGUUCCACACAUAUCCAGACGGCAUGAAGAGCGCCAUAAGCUGCCUCACUAUAUUUGUCCUGCCCAAACCUCAAGUAAGCUACAAGACCACGUCUCCGGGAGUGAUCGAGGCUAACUGUACUGCCGUGGCCCGGCCACAGGCUGAAAUAGUGUGGAACGUGGAAGGGAAUAACCGGACCAUUGGUCCACCUGUGACCACCUCUGUCCAGCAGAGUGACGGGACGACUCUGGUCAUCAGCACCUUGACCAUCCAGGCUGGACUCCUGAAGGAUGUCUCUGUCAAAUGUCUUGUUCAUCAUAAAGGACUGGAGACCGCCAUUGCUGUUUCCAUGAACACUAAAAUUGGCACUGCACUCGCUAUCCUGAUCUCUGUGACUACUGUAGCAUUUCUUCUAGUCCUCUGCCUCUGUUUCUGUUUGUGGAAGUGUGUCCUCCGUAAAGAUGAGCCUGAAGAGCAUCAGGUACAGAGAAGAGGCCGAGCAGAGAGAGAGACAGACAGUUAAAUGUAGGCAUCUAAGCCUCUUCCUGUGACCUAUUUCUACUUAUUCUUCAGAUCUGACCUACUGAUAUUAGAAAUCAUUCAAGUUUUUAUUUGUUGUGUGUUUAAAUACUUGAUGUUAAAGUUACGUCUGUGCUCGGUCUCAAUCCUUUUGACUGAGGCAGAUGACAAGCUUCAGUUCUCUUUACAAUACAGAUAUGCUGAAGAUGAAAAUCUCCUGUCCCUGCUUUUCCAGCCAAAGAAACCAGUGACACGUCUUCUUUACAUGAAGAAAGAUGCUACAUUUGGAAGAAUUUGUAAAUCCAUCACUAAUAUGAAGGUUGCAAAAGGCAUUUUAUCUCGGUACAGAGGGGAGAUUAAACAUAGUCUUUGUAUGUUUUAAUACCCAUUUGAAGCCCUAAAUGUAAAAGGACAAUAAAACAUCUCAAAAUUUCUUAAUUUCUUGAAUUCUAUCUAAAAAAAAAAGUAGCUGUUCACUCAAAGAAAGUAUAGGAAAACGUCACUAUUUAAUAAUCAUUGUGAAAAAUUAAAUCUAUUGAAGAAAAAACAUUCUAUCAUAUGUUUUUGGAUUUCUGAUACUUAUAUUGUGAUCAAAUAUAUUCCUUUAUAAUUUAUAAUCUUGAUCUUGCUCUCUCCCUUCAUUUUUAAGGUGUCCAUUGAGGUAGACUGAGCACUACACAGUUGUUUUUCACUCUAGACUAGAAUUAAGCAGACUGAACUAGAGUUGUAGAGACUAACUAGAACAUUUUAGUUUAAGUUCUUCAGUCCCAGAGCAAUGGUGGGAAAAGAGCAGCUUGUCAAAGCGUUCACUAUAUCAGUGGAAAUGCAUUAUAUGCAGUCUGGUGUGGAAUUAAAUGCUGAUAGAUACUGUAUAUCAGCUGCUUUCAUCACUGGGAAAUCAUGUUGCUUUGAUUUUUGUAUUGAUGCACAUGUGCAGUCCAGUGUAAUGAUAACAACUGAUAAGUCAAAGAUUUUUUGUCCUAUGCAUGUUAAAUGAUUCGUCAUAUGAGGAUGUGAGAGCAUAGGCCACACUUGAAUGAAUUUGUUCUUUCUAUUCAGUAAAGUAUGAAAUAAAGUUGUUUUGUUUUGCUGUGCUUCAAGCUGGAAAUUGUAAAUGAUGUUGACUUGUAUACAAGUAUAUAGUGCAUUUCUGCACUAUAGAAAUGCAUUUCUAAUUUUUUUUUUUUCAUUAUUGAAUCUAUUAUAAAACAUAUCACAUUCUGUUCAAUUAAAUGACAUGGCAUGGUUUGUACAACAUG